UUUUUUUCUUUACAAAUCCCCAAAAUUAUGUUUUCUUUUUAAUAAUCUGAUUCCCCAAAAAUAAGAAGUCAAAUACUCUCUCGGGGGCACCGCCGUUUCAUAGAUCCGAUUUCUACAAAGCUGUCGUCUUUCUCUCCCGUCAGAACCGGCUGUUCAACUUCCUGGGAAAAUACAACAAAACUCGAUCUUUUUCAACUUUCUCCGAGCAAAAAAAAAGUUUCAAUCUUUCCAGUUUAGUCCAACACACUCGUAAACUACAAUUCGCUCAUGAUCUCAUGAUUUUCCGAAUUUCAGAGAAAGUUUUCAGUUUUUCCGACGAAAGUGAAGAUACUAGAGAGUAUCGAUUAAAGUUUGUGGAGGAAGAAGGUUGAGUGAGUCUCUCUGUAUCUGCUGUGAUCAAAUUGGUUUUGGUGCUUGAAGAUAUCGCUCUGGUGUAUUGAAUAAUAUCUCUCUCAAACGAUGAUAGCAGUAGAGAGUUUCCAAGAGGAGUCUAAGCCUCAUAAAUGCCCUGAAGAGAUUAGGGAAGAUGUAAAGAACAAGAACAGUGUGUGUGAGUUGUUUUAUGAUACAAGAAGCGGUGACGAAUGUGAUAAAGAGAAUGAUGGAAACAAAAGAGCUUUGAAACACCAUUCUUGUGGAGAUUCUGGAAAGAUGAUGAUACGAGGUAAAAGUCAUGAUACGUCUGCUAACGGUGGUUUGUUUUAUAUGGACAAGAACGUUACGGCCUGUGACUUGCCUGAGAUUGUAGUUCGUUACAAGGAGAGUACUUACCAUGUCGUGAAGGAUAUAUGUGUUGAUGAAGGUGUGCCGGUCCAUGAGAAAGAUUCUGUGAGGUGUAACUCAGAGGAUUUGGUGGAAACCAAGUCCCCUGAAGACAGAAACGGUAAGCUUGAUGGGUCUGAGCUUUGUAAAGUUCCUAAGACAAACCAAGAUGUGGAAGAGUCUUCAAGUGAAGGUUUUGCUGAUGCUGAAAGUUCUAGCAGUUGCACUCAAGAGCAUUUGAUUGUGACAAGAGAAGCCAAGGGAGGUAUUCUAGCAAGGGAAGAUGAACAAAGACCUCUUAGCAACAACGAGAAUAGUCAUAGAAGUGAAGAACAAUCUUCAUCUCAACUUCAGGAGAAUAAUGACCAAAGAAGCUUAGAAACAGAGCUUGAGGAAACAGAGGAACCAAGAAAAGCAGAGGAGAAGCUUUCCUCUGUUUCUACUACAGCCUCUCAAGAACCUGAAAGGCCUGGAACCGAUAAGCAAAGACCAGACUUGUUAGACGACAAACUUUUCUCUAGUGGAUUUGGGGAGACAAGUUUCUCUGCAGCAGAAGCAGUUUCAAUAUCAGGUCAUAUAUCAUACUCAGGACCAGUAGUAGUCUCUGGACGCCUCUCUGUCCGUUCUGAUGGAAGCACAACGAGUGGAAGAUCCUUUGCUUUCCCAAUAUUGCAGUCAGAAUGGAACAGUAGUCCUGAAAGAAUGGCUAAAGCUGAGAAGAGAAGACUUAAAGGGUGGAGAGAGAUUCUUCUCUGCUGUAGAUUCUCUUAAUCAAAAGUUUUUCAGUUUUGAAAGCAUAGAGGAAGAAGGGGUGGUUUAUAGUUAUGCCAUGGUGAUGUGUAAUUGGAAUUUUGGUAGUGUUGUUAUUUUUGUUUUAACAGUUAGGGGGCUUUUGAGUUUGGUUACAAAUGCAAUAUUGUUGGGGUUAUGUAACCGAUGAGUUUGUUAUUAUUUCAUUUUUAUUCAUGCGUGU